AUGGAGAGAAGAUUAGAAAAGUUUAGGAUCAGCCAGAAAGAGAAACUGUCCAGUAAUAAUUCUACACAGUCACCAUUGAAGACGGCCAUCGUGAUCCAGGACGACUCCCCCCACGCAGCGCCUCCGCCCCAGAUCCGCAUUCUGAAGAGGCCCUCCAGUAACGGGUUGCCCCAGGGCCAGAACCGUCCCGCGCCACAGGUCAAGUCCCUGGCCCAGCGGGAGGAGGCAUACGCGGAGGCCAGGAAGAGAAUACUAGGCAGCGCCAGCCGUGAAGAGUGGCCUCAGGAAAAGCUGAAUGCAGACGGGUAAAUAAAUACCUUAUGCAGGCUGUUACCAGUUGACAGUGCAGGGCGAAAUGGUGUCCACUGCACAGCUGCCAUGAUACAAUUGUUAAUCUCAAGUAUAGGCCUACUGUAUGUGUGUAUACAUGUGGCUGUUCGGAUCGGACAUCAAUCUCUGAUUCUGUAAACUUGAGUAAACAAAGUCUGGGUAUCUUGUCAUUUAUCUGCUACAUAUAUUUUGGAAGCCCAACUUUGACUAAAGCAAUAUUUUUGUAGAUGAUCACAUAAUUUAUACUGUACAUAAGCACCACUGUUUUUGGUCUUCUCCGUACCUCCAGACCAGGGCUUACAAAUUCCACCACACCCCCAGAGGACCAAUCAAAAAAAUCAUGCUGUCUGCCAACCAGCAUGCCUAGAUGGCACACAAACCUUUCACCAAAACAGAUAAGUGGAAUAGGGGCCAUCCUGACAUGGGGAGAGUAA